GCUUCAGCCGACAGGUCCGGGACGGACCCCGGCAUGCCAACUUAGCACUGCUGUUAAGUUGGCAACUUGGAUUUACGUAUUAAUUUGUUUUAUUUAAUGGUAUGUCAGCACUUUAAGAUAAAAUGGAAAACGACAUCCUCGACUCUCUGGAGGACCUAGGGUAUAAUGGACCCAUCCUCGAGGAAGGAGCCCUGGACAAGGCUAUGGCAGCUGGGGCUGCUUCCCCGGAGUUCACAAAGCUGUGUUCCUGGAUCGUCUCUGAGCUGAAGCUCUACUGUAAAUUGGAAGAGAACGUACACCCCACGAACAGUCCCACUGAGGCUGAGGAGUUUCAGCUGGAGAUGAGUGGUUUGCUGACAGAGAUGAUGUGCCCUUACUCAGUGCUCACCACAGGCGAUGUUACCCGGCGACUCCUUAACAAGAACAACUCUCUGCUUCUCCUUACUUUCUUGAUCUCUGAGUUGGAGGCAUCGAAGAUGAUCCUGGUGAGUCGGCCUCAGAAGAAAGUCCGAGAAGAUGAAGGAAGUGAAGUGUUCUUGGAGCUGAAGGGUAUCUGUGUUGCCUUGGGGAUGUCAAAACCACCUGCCAACAUAACAAUGUUUCAGUUUUUCAGUGGAAUAGAGAAGAAGCUGAAAGAAGCAUUGUCGAAAGUGCCACCCACUCACGUAGGAGGACCACUACUGAAAAAGCCACUUGGACCUGUUCACUUGGAAAAGCUGGAAGCUAUCAAUCAAGCACUAGUGAAUGAAUAUGACGUAAGAAGAAAAAUGUUAUUGAAACGUCUUGAUGUGACAGUCCAGUCUUUUGACUGGUCAGAGAGAGCCAAGAACCAUGCUGAGAAGCUGGUCAAAGUCUACCCUCCCAAGCGUGCGGCUUUGGCCAGCAAGAGCAGUGUGUCUGUGGCCCAUCUCUUGGCCGCACGAGACGACCUGUCCAAAAUCCUUCGCACAAGCAGUGGAAAAAUUCGUGAGAAGACAGCCUGUGCCAUCAACAAGGUUCUCAUGGGCCGUGUGCCUGACCGGGGUGGAAGACCCAACGAGAUUGAGCCACCCCCACCAGAGAUGCCCACCUGGCAAAAGCGACAGGAUGGACCCCAAGGAGGGGGUGGGCAGCAGUACGGAGGGGGUGGGCAGCAGUAUGGCGGAGGUGGACAACAGUAUGGAGGUGGUGGACAGCAAUAUGGUAGAGGAGGGGGCAGAGGGGGCUUUGACCAGAACUCUCAUGGAGGGCGAGGCGGUUAUGAACGGGGAAGUGGGAGAAGUGGUGGUGGUGGUGGUGGUGGUGGUGGUCGUGGUGGCAAGGUACAGGGAGGUUGGUCUGAUGGAGGAGGUGGAGGAACUGGCAACUUCCAGGAUGGAGGGGGGCAUCAAGGGGGAGGGGGCAGAGGAGGCUAUGGAGGUGGGAAUUACCAUGGUGGAUUUCAGGGUCCUGGAUACCCUGGAAGUGGGUAUCAGGGAGGAGGAAGUGGGGCUUAUCAUGGUGGGGUUAGUGGGGUAGGUGGGACAUACCAGAGUGGGUACCAGCAGGAAGGCAAUUUUCAAGACACUGGUCACUACCAGGAGAGGGGUGGGCGUGGUGGGCGAGGUGGGCGAGGGGGCCGGGGUAGGGGAGGUAGAGGGGGCCAGGGAGGAGGAUGGGGAGGGCGAGGAGGGCAGAAUUUAAACCAAGGAGGGCAGUUUGAACAGUUCUUCCAACAAGGAGGAUAUCAAUACAGUCAGGCAGGCUUUGCCCAGGGUAGACACUACACCAGUUGAAACCAUCUUAUGAGUCAUUACAGCAGAGCUCAAAAAGACUAACCCAAAGGAGGAGUAGGAAUGGUCUGUUACUUUUUGCCUCUUAAGCCAGGUAAAGGAAUGUCUUAGAGAGCACUUUUAAUAGAGGUUACCUUGCAGGAGAAAUGUGCGGACUUUUCUGCACCAUGUUGACAGUGUUACAUAAUGUUAAGUGGAGCAGGUUUAACCAGUCCUAUGCAAUCUUAAAAGAGUAAAUGCUGCUAGCAUCUGUUUGAGAAUUCUUGAUCAUUUGUCAAUAUAAGCAAAUGGACCCAAAAGUCGAGCUGCCUAGCUUCACCACAUUUAUGUUCCCAAUUGGAACUUCCCUUUCUCUGCUGUGAUGUCUCUGUAUAAUAGAUGCAAGGCUUAUCUUGGAUAAUAUUUGAAAAACAGUGCAACCUGAAGCCAGUGGGGCUUGGUUUCGCACGUAUGCCCUUUUUUCUGAAAAUGCCACAUGCUCUUAUGAGAACGAAGGCUGACAAAAUAUAGUCUUGUGAAAUUUUUGCAGUCCAUCCUGUUGUUUAAUUCAAAAAGAAGAAUACUUGAAAAGGCGUGUUUUAUUUUUCCUUAAGGUAUUUGCUUUGUGUGAAGUUACAUUGUUGGAUUUGGACAUAAUGGAUUAGAUCAGAAAACCUUCUGCCAUGAAGAUGGUACUGCUUUUCUUUUAAAAACUGCCACGACUCACUUAACUGACAUUAUUUCAAAGAUGAUGUGUACUGCUGCUUGUUGGCAACGCUGUGUACAUAUGUUACAAGACUGCUUGACUUUGGGAGUUAGUCAUAAGGUGAGCAAUUAAAAAAAAAAAAAAAAAAAAAAAUUGUCUUCGGUUGGGCUUGGAGAAUUGUUUUCACAAUGCAUGAGAACAUCUAAAGUAUAUUCUUCCAUGACUGACCUCCUUAACUACAUUAAAAAUGCUGUAAGAUUGUAAAAAUUCUGUCUUUU